UAUAGGAGAUGACGCAAUCGCCUUGUGUUCACGCGCCGUGUGUGUUUCACUGCAAUGCACAAAGCUCCGUUAGUUGGAAGAUGAGCAGUGUGUUGCAAAGUAGAUAAGUGUUUCAGACGAACGAAGGAAGUGUUUAUGCUCGGGCUUUGGCGUGAAAGAGAUAACUUUCUAAAGAGUCUUUGAAGAGCUCCCCAGAACAAUGCAGUCUGUGUCUCAAACCAUGGUGACAGAGGAAAGCCUCACCUGUCUCCAUGUUCAAAUGUAUCAUCCUGACCAGUCCACACAACCUCUCUACAGCCUUCUGCGUGUGAACCAAGCUUACAAGAUCAACGCCGAAGAUCCGAUAAGGAUUGGCCGUGAUGGACAGACGUGCUCAUUUGUGCUGAAUGACACCCGUGUCUCCCGAAAACAGCUCUCCUUCCAGGCAUAUCACAAGCCUGGUAGCUUAGAACUACGCUUUACUGUGCAGAACAUGAGCCAGAAAGGCAAGAUACUGGUAAAUGGGCACGAACUGGCUUACUUGGAGCGGGCUGACCUGGAGGAAAAGGCCCUUCUCAGAUUUGGCAAAUAUGAGUUGCUGAUUUGGUGUGAGCCAGGUGAAGCCCAGGACAGUUUUGAAGUUUUGUUUGAAAAGCUGAAUGUUUCCCCUUCAAGAGAAAUGGGUAUCGAUGUGCCCUGUAGGAUUGCAGUAAUAGAUAGCGGUGUGAGAAACUAUCAGAAUAUAGAACCCAUGAGUCAAGAGCCAUUGGAAAGUGAUGAGAACCUGUAUAUUUAAUAGCUGAGAGAACAUUUUUAGGGAACCAGAAAUGAGUUCACUAAGAGACAUUCUGUGGUUAUUUUAAGUGAAAGGAUGGGGACGAGGCUGCUGGUUGAUCACAUGAUAUCUCCUCACUUCAUUAUAUGUGAAGACAGGCACGUAUUCAGCUACAGACUUUUGCUUCGGUUCAGUCGUUCUUGAUAUGCUUUUCCUUUCCUAUUCUUUCUGUUAUUUAAAAACCUUUUGAAAAUAGUUAAAUAAUUGAACAAUACUUUGAGUAGCAUUUCUGACUCGUUAAACCAGUUUAUUAUGUUUAUGCUAAAUGCCGCUGAGCCAGAUGUUUAGCUUCUCUCUAUAUUUACUGUAUAUAUAAUUGUCAUAAACACUUAACAGUACAUUAUUAUUUAUCUAAAAUCAUUUAAUGUAUGCUAUACUGAUUAACUGCCAUGCAUUUAUAUGUAGUGUUACGUAGGUCAUGCUAGUAAUAGGAUAGCAUGUCAUUCUUUGAAAAAAUGUGAAAUAACUAAAGAAGGCUUUUUUUGUAUUAUUAUUCAUAUUAUUAUUAUUAUUAUUAUUAUUAUUAAUAAUAAUAAUAUUGUUGUUGUUAACACCUUGUUUUUACCUUGAAGUAUAAUACUAUUUUAAACAAAUAAAAGCAAUUUUGUACAUUU